GCUUUAGUAACACAAAAACAUGGCUUCGACAUUCUGAUACGGAUGUAGCCUACAGCACAGCUCGGUGUGAAAGAAUACAAUCUAACUAUGUGUAAUACAUAUUGGCGAUAUUUCCACCGAUUAUGGUUGAUUGCAUUGGUGGAUGUCGCAUUUUCUGGGAAGAUGAAGAUAGUGGAGGAGCCCAAUACCUUUGGGCUAAACAAUCACUUCCUUGCUCAAGGUACAAGGCUACAAGCCAGGACCAACCCUUCUCCUGUAUCAGGACCCCCUCACCUACAUCAUCUGGCAGGAAAGUGCUUUAGUUACAUCGAAUCCACGUACAAAUAUGAGUUUUGUCCAUUCCAUAACAUAACACAGCAUGAACAGACAUUCCGAUGGAACGCCUACAGUGGAAUCCUGGGGAUCUGGCAGGAGUGGGAGAUUGAGAAUAACUCCUUCACUGGCAUGUGGAUGAGGGAGGGAGACUCAUGUGGGAGCAAGAACAGACAAACCAAGGUUCUCCUGGCUUGUGGAAACAGCAGUAAACUGGCACGGGUGUCAGAGCCGCAAACCUGUGUCUAUUCUCUAACGUUUGAGACACCAUUAGUUUGCCACCAGCACUCCCUAUUGGUUUACCCUACUCUCAGCGAGCAACUGCAGAAGGAGUGGGAUGAGGCUGAGCAGGCUCGAUACGACGGUCUCGUCACUGAUCAGGGCUACAGUAAGCUCCUGAGGGACCUUUUUGAGGAGGCAGGCUUCUUGAAGCGCACACAGCCCAAACCAGAUGAGUCAAAACGCCCCCAGAAGACCCAGCAGACACUGGAACAAUGCAGACAGGACAUUGAUAAGAAAAAUGCUGAAAUCGAAAGACUACGCUCUCUGUUGUCACACCACAACAUUUCCUAUGAUGGGAACACAGACAAGCCCAAAGCACCGGUGACCGCUAACGCUUUACAGGAACGGGGGCAUCUUCGUGGUGACACAGGCCUCAUCUCUGACCUGCUAUGAUUGGCCAGCCUGUAGUUUUCACCCGCCCACAUGCUGCCAGCAUGACCCAGAUGAUGUUGUUAUCUGGCUGACCACCACAACGGAUGUAGUCAUCUUGACCAAUCAUUAGACUCACACCAGCCGGUGAAGUUGUUGAGUGAGUGGACAUGUAGUGGAACAUACGAACAUUCAAAAGGGACCGAAUCCCACACUGAUCUGUUUUCAUAUUCCUGUUUUGUGUUUGUGACUGCUAAAUAACAUAAGCAUAAACAUAAGCAUAAACAUGAGAAACUGACUGUGGCCCACACUGAUGUGUUUUCAAAGCCACACAGCUAGUGGUCAGUAGUUCUGCAUUCUUCAGUUUUCUUCGGCUCCAGUCUUGAAGGAAAUAAUGGAUGACUUGUUGGUUCUGGCUCUGGCUCUGGCUCUGUACUGAUGGAAAUUUGUUGUUUGAUUCUUUUAAUUUUUACCAAAUUGUUUUGCCUCCCCACUGCCACAAGCAUGAUCCAUUCACACUGCCUGUGGACGUUGUAGUUGUUUUUAAAAGCACCACUGGAUGGAUGCAGGAUCACCAGUGGUCAAUGAAUAGUCUAUAUUGGCUGUGACCAUAAGAGUGUACAUAAGAGUGUUUUAUCAUACUGUACAGUGGUAGAGUCUGCUUUAAUAAACAUGUCUCUUAUUUA